AGGGGAUUCGGACGUAUUUGAGUGUAAUCUAUAUUGUAAUUUUACCAUAGCUAGACAUUUUUAAAAAUGUAUGUAGGCCUCAGGUCGACUCAGCCUGCAUAAAAUGAGUACCUUGGGUAAAACCAGGGGUAAUAACAGGCGGUUGAAGCGUAUUGUCCUUUUCAUGAGCAUUUUUCAGUGCGUAACAAAUGAUAGGAAAAAGGGUACUCCUUGCGAUGACGCCCCAAAUUAUGUGAGCAACAUAUCAAAAUAUACUGGAAAUAAUUUGAACCAAAAUUUAACUGCUACUACGGAUGUUAACAUCGGAGAAAAACAUUUUGAAUGUGAAAUAUGCUCCAAACAAUUAGCAACAAGUGUUUCAUUAAAAGUACAUAUGAGAGUGCAUACUGGUGAAAAACCAUUCGAAUGUAAAAUUUGCACCAAACAGUUUUCAACGAAAGGAAUUUUAAAAUUGCAUAUGAGAGUGCAUACUGGUGAAAAACCAUUUGAAUGUGAUAUUUGCACCAAACAGUUUUCACAUAGUCGUAGUUUAAAAUAUCAUAUAAAAAGGCACACUGGGGAGAGAUCUUUCAGUUGUGAAAUUUGUUCUAAACAGUAUGUAGAACCUUCUAGUUUAAAAAUACACAUGAGAGUGCACAGUGGUGAAAAACCAUUUGAAUGUGAAAUGUGCAAGAAACACUUUUCAAUUAAACAAGCUUUAAAAACACAUAUGACAGUGCAUACUGGUGAAAAAAUAUUUAAAUGUGAAAUUUGCACUAAACGAUUUUCAAUAAAGAGUAGUUUGAAAAUACAUAUGAGAGUGCAUACUGGUGAAAAACCAUUUGAAUGUGAAAUUUGCAAGAAACAGUUUUCAAUUAAACAAGCUUUAAAAACACAUAUGACAGUGCAUACUGGUGAAACACCAUUUGAAUGUGAAAUUUGCUCCAAGGGUUUUUCAGAAAGAUCCAAGUUAGCAGAACAUGUGAGAGUGCAUACUGGUGAAAAGCCUUUCCCAUGCAAAAUAUGCACCAAACGUUUUUCAACAAAUUAUGUUUUAAAAAAACAUAUGAGGGUCCACAGUGGUGAAAGGCCUUUUACGUGUAAUGUAUGCAACAAACAGUUUGCACAUAGUUAUACUUUACAGUCGCAUAUGAAAGUGCAUACUGGUGAAAAACCAUUUCAAUGUGAAAUUUGCACUCAACGAUUUUCAAUAAAGGGUAGUUUGAAAAGUCAUAUAAGAGUGCAUACUGGUGAAAAACCAUUUGAAUGUGAAAUUUGCAAGAAACAGUUUUCAAUUAAACAAGCUUUAAAAAAACAUAUGACAGUGCAUACUGGUGAAACACCAUUUGAAUGUGAAUUUUGCUCCAAGGGUUUUUCAGAAAGAUCCAAGUUAGCAGAACAUGUGAGAGUGCAUACUGGUGAAAAGCCUUUCACAUGCAAAAUAUGCACCAAACAUUAUUCAUACAGUUCUAAUUUAAGAGCACAUGUGAAAACACAUACAAGUGGGACGGCGGACAGCGCUAUAUAAAGAUUUUAUUUAAUGUAAUAUUGUAACACGUUUUAAAACACUGACUUAUAUUAUUCGGGAAAAAAUUGUAUAGAUUAAAUAGGUGCAAUUGUAACAUUUUUUUUUUUCAAUAGUUAUAUUUUGUUACAUUAUUUUAUAGAUAUAUAAAAUAUAUA